AGAUAGACGCUGUAUGGUGGUGACUAUUCAUGUCCGCACCGCAUCCAAACAAAACCCUUCCCGUCCGAUCUCUGUCCCCCUCCCUCCCUCCUCUUUCUCUCUCCUCUCUCUAGACUAGACACGCUCUCUCUGUCCCCCCAGCAACUAGGGUUUCUGUUCUGCUCUACUCUCUGAAACCUCCAUUUCUGCUUCAAUCACCUCCAAACCCCUCCAUCCAAACUAAGUGUAAGCUCGGAUUCAGCUCUUUCUCUCUCUCUACAAAAUCCAAUACUCCUCUCUUUCUCUCUCAAACAAUAGCUUCAAAGCUCAAUCGUUAAUGGCGAAGACCAAACCAGGCAAGAAAGACGUUGAUUCUUACACCAUCAAAGGCACCAACAAAAUCGUCAGACCUGGGGAUUGUGUGUUGAUGAGACCAUCGGACUCCGAUAAGCCUCCAUAUGUGGCACGCGUGGAGAAGAUCGAGGCCGAUCACCGGAACAACGUUAAGGUUCGGGUUCGGUGGUACUACAGGCCUGAGGAGUCUAUGGGAGGUCGGAGACAGUUUCACGGAGCAAAAGAGUUGUUCUUGUCGGACCACUACGAUGUGCAGAGUGCUCACACGAUAGAAGGGAAGUGCAUUGUUCACACAUUCAAAAAUUACACUAAGCUUGAGAAUGUUGGUGCUGAGGAUUACUUUUGUCGGUUCGAGUAUAAGGCUGCCACCGGAGGUUUCACUCCCGACCGUGUUGCCGUGUAUUGUAAGUGUGAGAUGCCAUAUAACCCAGAUGACCUCAUGGUGCAAUGCGAGGGCUGCAAAGACUGGUUUCAUCCUUCUUGUAUGGGUAUGACUAUUGAGGAAGCAAAAAAAUUGGAACGCUUUUUGUGUUCUGACUGUUCUGAUGAUGAUGCAAAGAGAUCGUUAAACUCAAUCCCGGUAUCACCAUCUGUUGAGGCUAAGGUGGAGCAGCCAAAGCGCAGAAAGAGAUGACGGAUUGGUCAUGAUGCAUGCUGUGGAGGUACUCGUUUUCUUGCGUAUUAGCUGCAGUAUUGUUGUUGUGUUGUUGAAUUGUACAGUGCAGAGAAGGUACAGUGCAGAGAAGGUACUGUGCUUGCACAAACCAGAGGCUUUCCUUAAUUUACUGUAUUGAACCUCAUUAUCUAUAAAUGUUCGUUGAUGUGUGCUAGACUCGGGAAAUGACUCUAUCUUUGUCUUGUCUUCAUGUGACUACAAUUUGUGUGCAAAAUGGGGAUAAAAAAUUGGCAGUAACUUGUUGAAGUUCGGAGUCCUUAAUGCAACAUUAAACUAGAAUUAUUAAGAACUAAACUUGAAUC